AUGGACGCCUUCAGCCGCAGCAAGUCCUACAGCCAGGCAGCCUCGACCUCCACCCCACCCCCAUCGCGUUCUGGGGCCGCCGCGCCAGGUUCCACCGCCGCCCAACAGCAGCAACAUGUCUUCAAAAACAUUUUGAAGAGCGUGGAGAGCCACGUGCGGAUCAUGUCCGCGGUGGAGCGGACGGCGACGUCGUCGAGCUACACGUCUUUGCGUGUUCGCCAGCCAGACAGCGACGGCGUAGGUGACAGCCGCACCGCUUCUUCAUCGCAGAGCCCGCAGAGCAGCCAGUCCGCCGGCGGGUGGUCGCAGCCGUUCAACGUCACCCGCGUUCACCGUGGUGGGACGACAGCGCGCUUCUACGAGGAGGUGGUGGCGCCGUGCGUGUCGAACUGCACAUCCGGGCAGAGCUACGUCUUUCUAGUGAACGGGCCACCUGAGAGCGGUCGUAGCCAGACCCUCUACGGCAGCCCUCACCACAGCGAGCUGGGCAUCGUCGAGCUGGCGGCAGCCGACUUUCUGGAGCGGAUGGCGUCCCGCGGCAAGGUCAUCAUGCGGAACCAUCGUGAUCGCCCGGACGCCACCGGGAAGGAAAACGAAGCAGCCAGCGGCACACAGUCGUCGACCACCGCCAACAGCGGGCGGGAGGAUGUGUCGGAGGUGGCCACGACUGGUGGCAUCACCGUGACCUACGCUGCCUUCACCACCCGCGGUGGCAAGAUGCUUGAGACGGAAACGGGCGAGCCUGUCCCGCUCGUCGAGUUCCCGCCGCCCCUGGGGCUGGUGCCGCUCCCCCGCAUGCGGCUGCUCGAAGAUGCCAGCAAGUCGGUCCUGCUCCCGGAGCGCAAGCAUGUGGAUACGUCGUGUGUGAUCCAGUUCCACGUGUACGCGCCUGUGGACACAACAGGGCGGCGCUCCAUGGCGACGCUGACCUUCGUCGAUGUCGCUGCGAUCCGCGAGCCGCUGUGCAAGGAGGUGUCGCAUCUCAUCGAGACUGUCGAGCGGGUGGCCGGUGUGUCCACCAGCGGAGGCGACCCUAACUUCAAGGAGACGAAGCUGACGACCUUGCUAGAGCCCGUGCUAGUGGGGUACAUCACCCUCGUCUCCAUCACCACCGUCAGCGGCCGCGCCGACCUCUACGAGUCCACAUGCACGGCACUGCGCUUCGCCAGCCACCUCAGUCGCAUUCACCAAGUUCUUAUGCUCAUCCACAUGAACGCGCCGCGAUGGAUCUUCGACACGGCGGUGAACCUGGAGCAGCUGCGGGUGCGCCGUGAUCAGCUCAUGGCGGAGCACUACGCCCGUGGCGUGUACGACUGCUAUCAGCGCACCUCCCGCUGGCUGCAGGCCAACGUGAGCGAUGUUGGCGGCAGUGUCGAUGACCUGCUGCAGGAGACGGCGCGUCUUCGCAAGGACAUUGCGCGGGCUGUGGAGGACAUCGCAAAGGAGCUGCAGGCAACCAUCGAGAGAGAGGAUGCGAACUGCCGGGCCGAGGUGGAGGCGGCGCGGACGGCGUACGAGGCCACGUCGCAGCUGUUCGAGGAGGUGCGGCGGUUGGAUGAGAUCAUCACUGCCCAGCAGCAGAAAAUAUCUCAGACGGACAUGCAGAGCAGCCAGCGCAUUAGUGAGAUGCGGCUAGAGAUAUCCGCCCUAGAGGCCAAGGCUAACAACCGCCAGCAGCAGCUUCAGCAGCUCGAGAAGGAGAUGAGGCUCUAUUUGCUCAAGAGCGGCGAGGUGGCCGCGACGUUGAGCAAGGCCGCGGAGGACACGCAGUAUGUGCAGAGUAGCUACGCCAUGUCGCACGAGCUGCUGCAGAUUGGAUGCAAGCGCAAGCGUCUCGAGGCUGAUUUGGAGCUGGCGUCGCACGUGGCGCAACGUACGACGGACACAAUGCGGGUAGAUCGGGAGCGACGCUCGCGCAUUUCGCGACUGAGCGCGAUGCAGCAGCGUGUCCAUUCCCUGCGCGAUACAGUGUGCUGCUCCACAAGUAACCCGACGGCGGCACCGUCGCAGCACCCACAACAGCCGCCGCAACGCACGUUCUCCGCGGGGGGUCGCUCCGGUCAGACCCAAUAG